UCAAUGACGAUCAGUAUUGUAAACAAAAAAAAAUCAAACGUGAUCAUUAAACAAUAUUAAGUACAUCAGUAUCCGCAAUUUGUGCGGAGGAUUUGUUUCAAGUGUAAAAAUAAUAGUUCAAAAUGUCUAUGAUAAUUGAAAGUACGACUUGGGGAUGGGGUAUGGGUUUGAGUUCAACGCCAAUUUUGGCAGCACUAUUAGUGGUUUCGGCAGUUUUAUACGCUAUCCAUUACUACCAAAUGCAAAGUAGACUGCGCAAGCUAGGAGAUAAAAUUCCUGGACCACCAACUGUACCAUUCUUAGGAAAUGCCUUAAUGGCUUUGGGAAAAUCUCCUCAUGAAGUGUUGCAGACUGCCCUCAAAAUGUCUAUGGAUAUAAAAGACUCUGUUGGCAGAGCAUGGUUUGGCAAUAAAUUGAUUGUUUUCUUGUGGCAUCCUGAUGAUGUUGAAAUUGUCUUAGGUAGUCAUGUUCAUAUUGAUAAAUCAGAUGAAUACAGAUUCUUCAAACCUUGGCUUGGAAACGGUCUACUCAUCAGCACAGGAGAAAAGUGGAGAGCCCACAGAAAACUGAUUGCCCCUGCCUUCCAUCAAAAUGUAUUGAAGAGUUUCAUUCGAGUAUUCAAUAAUAACAGUCGGGCUGUUGUUCAAAGAUUGCAGAAAGAAGUUGGCAAAGAAUUCGAUGUUCAUGAUCAUUUAAGUCAGACCACAGUCGAUAUUUUAUUGGAAACUGCUAUGGGAAUCAGCAGAAAAACACAUGACCAAUCUGGCUUUGACUAUGCUAUGGCUGUCAUGAAGAUGUGUGAAAUUUUGCACUUGAGACAUUACAAAUUAUGGUUACGAUUUGAUACAAUUUUCAACUGGACUAACUUCGCAAAGAAACAAGAACAACUACUAGGCAUUAUUCACGGUUUAACUUCAAAAGUAUUAAAAUUGAAAAAAGAAGAAUUCAUUCAAAACAGCAUUGAUGGAAAAUAUUCUCCAGACUAUUUCAAAAAGAUCACUGCAGAAACUGAAAGAGAAAAUGCAAAAGAACUUAACACAAACCAACCAAAAACUGGAUUACGUGACGAUUUGGAUGACAUUGACGAAAACGAUGUUGGUGAAAAACGUCGUUUGGCUUUCUUGGACCUUAUGAUUGAAUCUGCUCAAAACGGCGCUCCCAUUACUGACAAGGAAAUCAAAGAACAAGUUGAUACUAUUAUGUUUGAGGGCCACGAUACCACUGCCGCCGGAUCAAGUUUCGUCAUGUGCUUGUUAGGAAUCCAUAAAGACAUCCAAGACAAAGUAUACCAAGAAAUCUAUGAUAUAUUUGGAGACUCCGAUAGAGAUUGCACUUUUGCUGACACCUUGCAAUUGAAAUAUUUGGAAAGGGUUAUUUUUGAAUCUUUAAGGAUGUACCCACCAGUACCAAUCAUUGCCAGGACACUUAAACAAGAUGUUCCACUUAAAUCUAAGAAUCUAGUUGUACCAGCAAAUUGCACUGUAGUUAUUCCCACACUCAAGAUGCACCGUAACCCCGAUAUAUUCCCAAAUCCUGAUGUAUUCAAUCCUGACAAUUUCUUACCCGAAAACAGUUCAUCCAGACAUUACUACAGUUAUAUUCCAUUCAGUGCUGGACCAAGAAGUUGUGUUGGUCGUAAAUACGCAAUGUUGAAAUUGAAGGUUUUGAUCUCCACAAUUUUGCGUAAUUACCGCAUUAAGUCAAAUCUGACAGAAAAAGAUUUCGUAUUGCAAGGUGAUAUUAUUCUAAAGAGGACUGAUGGAUUUAGGAUUGAAAUUGAACCAAGAACCACAAAAGUUUGUUGAAUGUUGACUGACU